UCAGGCAUCGGCGCAUAAACCCGGCGAACCUCGCUCCAUCGACACAUUGGGCACCAGCGUCUCUUUCGUUUUAUCCUCUGCUUUCUCUGUUUUUCCUCUCUCCCCUGCAUCGACUAGCUUUACGCUUUUUCCCCUCUCGCAAACCCUAAUCGCGUCUCACUUCCGAUCUGAAACUCGAUCACGCCGGUAAGGGUUUCAGUUGCUCACUUGGCUUAUUUUGUGACAGGUAGCUCUAUCUCUUCUCCCCUCUCCCUUCAUUGCAGCUUCAAGUUAUUCGGAGACCAUUAACGAAGUUUCCAGCAGGAGCGGAAGACUGACUGGGAACAAGUAGAAGGUCAGGAAAAAAAAUGAGCUACUUAGAAGAGGAUAAUGAGAGGGCUGAAAAGGAGAAGAUUAAGGAGGAGAAAAUAAUGUUAAUUGAAACUAUGAAUGCUGAAGAAGAAAGAGGGAACAAAAAGGUGGGUAAACAUAAAAAGAAUAAGAAAAAGAUGAUGCUAACAGAAACAGCGGAGUUGGUGGAACGACAAAAAUCUGUCGAGAAAGAUACUUCAAAAAAGGGGAAUGCAGUGGCUGAAAACAGGGGAAAGGAAGAAGAAAAACAAUUUUUAAAGGAAGUAGCUGAGGGUGCUGGGAAAGAAGAGAUUAAUGGAGUGGGUCCUCUGGGACAGAAGAAUCAAGAAUCAGAUGAUGGAAAAGCAGAUGUUAGAAAACACAGAAAGAAGAAGUGGUUGCUGGAAGAAGCGGCCAAGGCUGAUAGGCGAGGAGUUUGCUAUUUGAGUCGCAUUGCUCCCCAAAUGGAUCAUGUGAAGCUUCGUCAUAUUCUAUCCCAAUAUGGAGAAAUACAGAGGAUCUAUCUUGCACCUGAAGAUACUACAGCUAAAGUGCGUCGUAAAAAAGCUGGUGGGUUUCGUGGACAAGAAUUUUCUGAAGGGUGGGUUGAAUUUACCAAUAAAAGUGUUGCUAAGAGGGUUGCUAAUUUGUUGAACGGUGAACAAAUGGGUGGAAAGAAGAGGUCACAAUUCUAUUUUGACCUUUGGAAUAUCAAGUACUUGAGUAAAUUCAAGUGGGAUGAUCUUACUGAAGAGAUUGCUUACAAAAAUGCCAUUCGGGAGCAAAAAUUAGCUUUAGAAAUAUCAGCAGCAAAUAGAGAGAGGAACUUCUACCUCGCUAAAGUUGAUCAAUCCCGAGCUUUGAGUUCGAUAGAGGAACGAUUGAAGAAGAAACAAAAACUCCCACGGUUGUUGGGAGACAAUCUUCAACACCCUCCUAGUCCGAAGGCACCCAAGGUGAUUCGUCAAUUCCCGCAGAAUAAACUAUUUUCAGAUGAUGCAACACAAAACAAACCUCGACUCUCUAUAGAGGUCCUGGCUGGGGUAUUUGGUGGUUCUUAGCUUUCAAGCUUAAGUUGUGGAUCCUGUGUGUUCAAGUUGAUGAGCCAAAAUUUAAGCAAGUGUUUUUUGUGUCAGUGUUAAGCAAGUGUUUUGAUGAUAUUACUGCACAGCGUUGUAUUUUUCAGUUAUUUUCUGUUCUUUUCUUAUCCAGAAUUUCAAUUUUUCAAAGAAAUUUUAAUAUAUUUUUUAAUGCAAGUGGGCCUUUCUAUGUGUGGGCUUGCGGCC